AUGAAAGACGAUCAGAAUAAACUUUCACCUCCUGAGAGGCAACCCAGCAGAGAUAUCAGUUGGGCCAGCACACCCUCUCAGAAGGCUUCUCAUGUUCAUCACACUCUAGCUCAUCGACUUCUUGCCACUUCACCGUCAUUCAAUGACGGAUCGCCGAAACUUUAUCACGAUGGAUCUGCUUGGAAUAUUUCCGACUAUCCAGAUAACAACACUCAGGAAAUUGUCGAGCGAUUGAGUCGCUCACAAUACAGUUUAAAAGAAUUAGUUCAACUUGCGCGUGAAUCAGAUCCAGAGGGAUUUGCACGAGCACAAAAUACAGUUGCAUCAGAAAAACCGGCUGGAAAAAAUAAAUGGAGCACAACAGCACUUGAAGAACUUGUUAAGGAGUUUGAUUCUGAUAUUCGAAAUGGACUGACGGAUCAACAAGUUAUGGAAAAUCGCGAAAAAUAUGGUCCAAAUAUUCUAGAUAAAGAGAGGCGUGUCCCAAUUUGGAAACUUUUCUUGGAGCAAUUCACAAGCCCGGUUGUCAUUCUUCUUCUGAUCGCCGCAGUCGUUUCUCUAGCGUUCCAAAAUUGGAUUGAAGGCGCAGCAAUUUUGAUAAUUAUUUCGAUCAAUGCUUGUUUGGCGACGUAUAUGGAAAAAUCAGCUGGAGACGCCUUGGCAAAGUUGGCGUCUCUGGCAGCUCCUCAUUGCAAGGUCUUGAGGAACGGCGAUUUUGUCGAAAUUGAUGCAAUCGAUCUUGUCCCAGGAGACAUUGUGAAGCUCGACACUGGAGACUCAGUUCCUGCGGACAUGCGAUGCAUUCAGGUAUCAGAACUCAAAGCAAAUGAAGCAAUUCUCACUGGUGAAUCUGAGGAUGUUAAGAAAACUCUUUUACCAAAAGACGAACAGACCCCGUUUGCAACAAAUUUGUGCUUCGCGUCAACGUCAGUAACUAAUGGGAAUUCCCUCAACUUGGUCUACGCAACUGGCAUGGAUACUCAAGUUGGAAAAAUAGCUGAACAACUUGCACGAGAGACGAAGGGAGGUUCAAAAUUAACUCCGAUGCAACGAGGAUUGAAUCGUUUAGGAGGUUUAAUUGCCGUUAUUGCAAUCGCUGUCUUGGUUGUUAUUGUUGUUAUCGCGAUUCUAACAAAUUAUACAGAUCCUUCACAUCCCGACGCCAAUCCUGUUUUAUCUAUCAUUCUCGUUGCUGUUGGUUUCUGUGUGUCUUCAAUUCCGGAGGGUCUCCCCAUGGUUGUCACAAUUUGUCUGUCCCUCGGCUGCAAAGAUAUGGUCGCUCGUAAUGCAAACGUCCGAAAAUUGCCCGCCGUUGAAACGCUUGGAUCGUGCACAGUAAUUUGUUCCGAUAAAACGGGAACGUUGACCGAAGGAAAGAUGACUGCGAUCAAACUCGCUGUUGUCGGGAGAGGAAUCGGAUCAAAUGAGAAAACGCCUCUUGGAGAGGUUUUCGGAUUCUACCCUACGAAGGGAUUUCAGCCCCACGGAGGGAUUUUUUUAGAUUCAGAUCUGACGGAAGACGUUUGUAAAAAAAUUGUCGCGAGGUGGGAUCCAACUGAAUUGCACAGCUACGACGAUAUUGCGAAAGACUAUGGGAAUCCUAAAACUGAUCUGAUUGGAUUGCAGAUGGUGCGGGCGACAUGCCUGUCAGGAUUUCUCAAUUCGACGACUGCUACUCUUACCAAGGACAAAGAGACUGGGCAGUGGAUAUCGAAAGGAAAUAUGUCGGAGGGUGCCGUAAUCGUUGCAGCUGCGAAGUCUCGCUGGUCGUCAAUGGAAGCCCUCGGUCAAGAUGGUCUGUCAUUGUAUCAACCAAUCCGAGAAUUAGAAGUUCCCUUCAAUUCGAGUCGUAAAAUGAUGGCAACGAUCCAUCGACUUCAACAAGAGAAUUAUUUUGAUCGCAUAUUUAUUGGGAAGGGCGGGACUUGUUUCUCUCAUGUUGCUGUUGUUAAGGGCGCACCAGAUCGAGUCACACAAAAUGUGAAAUAUUUGGUUAAAAAAGCGAAUGAUUCAAGAGUUGAAAUCGAUUGGGAGUCUUCAUCGAUUUCUGAUGAUGAACUAUUAAACAUUCUGUCUUUCAACGAGAUGAUGUCCGCGGAUGCCCUGCGGGUUCUUGCGUUUACUUUCGUUCCCUUGACAGCCGGAGAUGUCGGUGCCCUGCGCUCGAUGGAAGAGGCUGAUCAGCGUUUGAGUUUCAUGUUAAGGGGUCCUGUGGUGAUGCUUGGGCUCAUGGGGUCGCUAGAUCCCCCCCGUGUGGGAGUCAAGGAGGCAAUCGAACAAUGCAACGGUGCUGGCGUGAAAGUCAUCAUGAUAACUGGAGACCAGAAACCAACAGCAGCAGCGAUCGGGAGAUCGAUUGGGCUCAUUGAAGGCGAUCGGACCGCUGAAGAUUCAGAAGUUGUCGUCUGCGCAUGUUUGCAUGAAGAUAGAGAUGCUUCGAAACCGCAUUUGCCUGAAAAUGAACUUGACGAAAUCACGAAAAAGAUUCGGAUAUUCUCUCGAGCUCAACCGGAAGAUAAAAUAGCAAUCGUGAAUUCGCUGGCCCGCCAAGGUGAAAUUGUUGCAAUGACUGGCGAUGGUGUCAACGACGCCCCUGCAUUGAAAGCCGCUCAUAUUGGAAUUGCUAUGGGCAUCACUGGAACUGAUGUCGCAAAGGGAGCAGCAGAGAUGGUUCUGAUGGAUGAUAACUUCUGCACAAUUGUUUCCGCUGUUGAAGAAGGUCGGAAAAUUUAUACGAAUAUUCAGAAGUUUGUUUGCUUCUUAUUGGGAACGAAUAUUGGGGAGAUUAUGUAUCUGACAAUUGCUAUUGCGGCGGGAAUGAAAAUGCCUGUUGAAGCACUUCAGAUUCUGUUCUUGAAUUUGAUGUCCGAUGGUUGCCCUGCUGUUGCGCUUGCACGAGAACCUGCGGAUGGAGAUAUCAUGAACCAACCGCCACGCAAUCCCAAAGAACAUCUUAUGACGAAAGACUGGUGGAUAUACGGAAACAUUCCUCACACAAUAUUCGAGGCGGCUGCCGUCAUCGGGUGUCUUGUUUUCGCAAUCGCCCCUUUUGGUCAACCUGGAGGCUUCUACACAUCAAUCGAUUAUUUUGAUAUACAUCAGAAUUCAUUUAUUCAAUUGUUAAAAGUGAAACAAGGAAACCCUUCAGAGAAGCUAUCGGCCUGCAGAUUUUGGAAUUGA